AGUACUAAAAUGUUUUUAAAUUCACGUGGAGCAGAAAUUUUGUUGGAGUUAUAAAUACGUUCGGUUCGGUUUGGUUUGGUUGAUGUUUAAACGUGUCGUUGUGGCGCCAAUGCCCAUGCAUGUUUACUAUCGUUUAUCGAUACACCGCGUACACGGCAACCGUGUGUGACCAAAUCAAGCACACAAUCGUUGACCAACACUGACUGCACAGCAGACAACAACAAAAGCAACUGCAGCAACACCGACGUGCGUGUUCCUGUGUGUGUGUGCGUGUGAGAUUGGAAGACAAUGGCUGCAGCUGCGGAUCUGGUUGUUCCUACCCUUGCCAUUCGCUCUAGCGUGGCUGUGGAAGUGUGGUCCUCGGCGGGUUCCAAGCAGCCCUUCGAGCCCAAGCCCCACUUGCCACGCGAGGAGACGAAGAGCUCACGCUCGAUCUGCUUCAGCCCCGACGGCCGGUACUUCGCCUACUCCAACGGCCAGGAAGUCAAGGUGCUCCAGGCCAGCCGGGACAGCGCAGCCAGCUGGCCGGCCAAGUGCGUCCUGCCCAGGCCGAAGGCCUUCUACCUCCAAUUCUCGCCACGUGGCAGCUACCUGUGCACCUGGGAGCACUAUGCCAUCACUAAGGACCGGCCGGAGGGGUCGCCCAAUCUGCUCGUCUACGAUGUGGCCACCGGCGUCGAAGUGUUCGCUAUCGUCCAGAAGAACCAAACGGACUGGCAGCCCUCCUGGUCGGCGGACGAGUCCAUCUUCGCUCUGGUAGUCGGCGGCGAGGCACUGUUCUAUGACCUCGGCGAGGGAGCGGAGAAGGGAUUUGCCUCCACAUCACGCAAGAUAGGAGGCAGUCGGGGCGGUAUGCUGUCGCUGGGUCCCGGUAACUGUCCCCCAUUCCUUGCCUUCUACACGCCGGGCGCCAAGGGCGCCCCGUCCAUGUGCAAGCUCUACAAGUAUCCGGCGCUUGGACAGAACCAGACCGUAGCCUGCAAGAGCUUCUUUCAGGCGGAUCGCGUCGAGAUGUUGUGGAACAAGCGGGGCAGCGGACUGCUCCUCCUAACCAGCACGGAAGUGGAUAAGAGCGGUGCCUCUUACUACGGCAACCAGGCGGUGCACUUCAUGGCCACCAAGGGCGACACCUGCUCAGUGCCCCUGUCUAAGGAGGGACCGGUGCACUGCGUCAAGUGGAGUCCUAAAGCAACCGAGUUUGUAGUCGUAUACGGCUUCAUGCCCUCCAAGGCGGCUCUCUACAACCUCAAGUGCGAUGUGGUCUUUGACUUUGGUGAGGGACCACGGAACUGUGCCUACUUCAAUCCGUUCGGCAACCUCAUAGUUCUCGCCGGCUUCGGCAAUCUGCCUGGAGCUGUCGAGGUGUGGGAUGUGGCCAAACGCGAGAAGCUAGCUAACCUCAAGUGCGCCGACACCACGGUCUUUGAGUGGCAUCCCAAUGGCGAGUGGUUCGUCACGGCCACCACGGCACCCAGGCUCCGUAUAAGCAACGGGUUCAAGGUGUACCACUACUCCGGGGCCCUGCUCCACGAGACCAUGUGGCCACAGGGUCAGGAAUUGCUGGGAAUUGAGUGGCAGCAGUUUGCGGAUAAGACGUUCAGCGAACCCAAGAUUACCAAGGCCAAGCACGAGGGCAUCAAGUCCAGCCAGCCAGAGGCCAGCAAAAAGGCUUACACACCGCCCCAUCUGCGCUUGUUGAAGGAGGGCAAGAAUCCGGAAAAGUAUCUGCCCCAGCCGAGUAUUCCCGGACUAGCCCCGGCGGCAGCAGCAGCAGGUGGUGCCAAUGGGAACAAGAGGAACAACAAGAACAAGCAGCGAAGCGCUAGAAAGGAUGUCAACGUUGUAAAUGGCGGCGAUGCGGAUUCUGUCCCGACUGAGAUGACCGAACAAGGUGCUCCGGUUGCUCGUCAGUCGCCCGUUUUCGUGGCUGCAGAGGAGCGGAGGCAGCCGCCCACUCCCAAACAGAAAUACCAGCCGGAUAACGCUGCCGAUCAGCCACAGAUUCCCCAUGGACAGGGACAGCCCAACGGCCAGAACAUCAGCGAUAAGGAGCGCAAGAUUCGCAGCGUCGCAAAGAAGUUGUCGGACAUAAAAAAGCUGAAGGUUCGACGCAGCCAGGGCGAGAACCUAGAGCUGAACCAACUAAACAAGAUUAAGAUGGAAGCACAGUACCUGGAUGAGCUUAAGGCUCUUAAGCAGUCUGCCUAGGAAGACGUUGAUGGCGCUGGCGAUGACGGCGGCGGCGAAAAGUCUGAGAGUUGCGAGAAGUAAUUGCUCUUGUGAUACACCAACUCUUCUCAGCUCCACUUCACUCUAUUUUCACCUCCUGUCCGUCCCCUUCCUGCUGUUUUACGCUCAGUUUGUGGCCCAUUUGCCGCAAUAAGUUUCAAGUUAAAACAUUUUUCUACUAUUGUGAUUUCCUAACUAUUUUCGGCAAAACGUACAGUAACUCCCGUAAACAACAAAUUUAUGUACCAAAUUGUGCUACCAAGUAAUAAAGAUGUUUCCACCAAGAUCCACGGAUUACUGCUCCCAA